AGGACACAUCCAAAUGACAUUGUUGCUUUUGCAGCCUCUUUGCAGUCUCUACAAAGUGCUUUCCAAUAAAGUUCCUUGUCCCAGGAUGGUUGACCCAGUCUGUGGCAGUGAUGGCAUCACAUACUCCAAUGAGUGUUUGCUCUGCCGAGAAAUCUUACGUGGCAACAACAUUGUCAAAAAGCAUGAUGGAAGGUGUGUCCAGGUUGACUGCACUGGCUACGUGAAAACACCCACAGGUCAGGAAGCUGCCUGCACCAUGGACUACAGCCCGAUCUGUGGCACCGACGGCGUUACCUAUGGCAACAAGUGUGCUUUUUGCUCUGCUGUCGCGAAUGGAGCGGCCAUUGACCAGAACAAAGAUGAAGAAUGUCCCCAGGUUGACUGCAAGGAGUUCAUGGAUGACGGCAUGUACUGCACAAGGGAGUCCGACCCCCACUGUGGCACUGAUGGCAUGACAUACGGCAACAAAUGUUCCUUCUGCAAGGCCGUCAAGAAAAGUCAGGGAAGUAUUCGAUUGAAGCAUCUUGGAAAAUGCUGAAGCCUCCUCACUGCUGAGUGUUGAAAGCUGCCCUUCUGCUUUCACUCUCCACCAACCGCUGCAGAUCGCUGCUCCCAGCCACGGUCUCCACGCGCCCCCUCCCCAGGAGCUGCCGGUGACGACAGUGUCUCCAAUUUGCUUGUCCAAUAAAGUAAACUCAGCAGAAUUUUUUGACUGUUUCCUUUUCCCGUCACAA